CAUAAGUCAGCCAUUGAAUUCGGCUGGGGGGCUGCGAACGGAAGUCGGGAGGCGGAUAUAUUCCGCGUGGCACGGCCACGCUUGCGAAGGCUGAUACGGCAUACGCCUAUUUGAAUCACUCUUGGGGGACCCGUCCACCCAAGGGUUUUUCGUUUGUUCCAAGCUCCCGGACUGCAGGCCGAGUUGUUGAUACGAGCACAGCUCACCAUUUUUAAUACCGACCGUCGCAAAUAUGGCUUACUAAAAUGAAGCUCUACCAAGGAAGUGUCGACGCAUCUGCAUGCGUUUGCAGUCUCCCGUCUCCUUUCUUUUCACUGGCUAUUCAUGCCGAUAGACGAUCCAAGCAUGGAGAAGAAAAAUUCUGGCAAGUUGGCUGCGUUGGGAAAAUGUAAUUUGGAGCCAAAACCGAAGCUAAAUCCUGAGUAUAAUGCAAGCCCUCGAAAUGGACGUGGCCGUCGGCCUCAGCCUGUGGGGCGGCCGGCUCCGCAGCGGUACCGGCAGGGCGUGGACAGGCGGCCCAGAGAGCGCGGCCAGGCCGCUUCUGGCGCUGAACACAGUCAUCGAGAACAGGUAGCUCACGCGGCCGAAGCUAGCUCCGUAUUCAGUAAGGGUAGCAAGAAGGGGUACCUGGACGCCAGCUACCUGGUGAACUUCCGGUGCGAGGCGGCGCGCGACGCUCACGCUGAGCGUUAUUCGAGCUCGCAGUGGCACCAGCAACGGUCGAACCAGCAGCACGAGCGGCCGCACUGGCCGGCGUCGCGCGUCUUCCGGCCGAGACAUGUCAAGGAGCAGUACCUGCAGGCCAGGUGCCAGCUGCUGGUGCGCGAUGACGCCAACUACGCGGCCAACCUUGGCGACCCGGACCGGCUGGUGGACUGGGCGUGCGUGGAGCAGGUGUGGCUGCGCGAGGAGGAGCCCACUACGUGCCCCAUCUGCCUGUACCCGCCGACGGUGCCGCGCAUCACGCGCUGCGGCCACACCUAUUGCUGCGCGUGCCUACUGCACUACCUGGCUCUGUCGGACCAGGCCAGCCGCAAGUGUCCCAUCUGCGAAGAGCCGGUGCACCCGGACCAGGUGCGCCGCUGCCGGCUGCUGGCGCGGACGCCGGCGCGACUCGGCGACACGGUCACCUUCCGACUGAUGCGCCGCCAGCGACUCUCGUUGCUCGGCCAGCCGGCCGACGAGCAGCAGCCCUGGGAGGAGAUCAUCACGCUGGCCGAUCCCGAGAGCAAGCUGCGCCUGGCCAAGCUGAUCAUGGUCUCCCCCGAACAGGUAACGUCUGAGAUCCUGGCGCCGGAGCGCGCCGCACUGGAGCGCCAGCUAGCGGAGCUGCGCCACGAGCCGGAGGCCUGCUUCGUGGAGCAGGCACUCAGUCAGCUGGCUGAGCAGGAGGUGGUCAUGGCCGAGCGCGCCGCCGCCAGCCGCGCCCGGCCGCAGCGGCCUGACCCGGCGACGGCGCGCGAGCUCGUCACGCCGCUGCCCACGGCCGCUGCCGCCGACACCGUCGUUUACCAGUCGGCGUUCGACGAGCGUACAGUGGAGCAGGUGGAGGCGGAGGCGGAGGCGCAGGCGCCGGCCGUCUCGCCGCCGCCGCCGGCCGGCGACGGCUCGGUGCGCCAGCGCUCGGUCAGCGAGGCGUCCGGCGGCGAGGUGACGGUCGCCGACCUGGAGGUGCCGGCCGCGGAGCCGCGCCGCGACGACCACGACCAGCCACUCUACUACUAUCAAGCGGAGGGCGGCGACCCGGUGUACCUGCACGCGCUCAACUGCCGCAUGCUGCUGGAGGAGCACGGCACGUGGGAGCGCUGCCCGCGCCGCCUCACCGCCCAGCUGGUGGACGUGGACGCCGUGACGAUGACGGCCGGCUUCCGGCAGCGGUUGCGCAGCCUGCGCCACCUGCCACUGACCGCUCAGCUGCAGGUGGUGGAGGUCCGUCUGCGGCCGCCGGACGUGUCGGCCGACACCGUCAGUCUCUUCAGAGACCAGAUCAGGAAACGCGAGCAGCGCCGUCGUGACAAGCACCGGCGCGAGCGGCAGCACGAGAGGCGACUGCGCCAGGACGAGCGGCGCGCACGGCCGGCCGACGCCGUCUACGACGCGGCCUUCCCGGUGGCCGAGCAGCGGCCGCCGUCCCCGCCGCCGCCGCUGCUGUCGGAGCCGGCCGUCGAGGAGCCGACUGAGCUGGGCGAGGCGGCGGCG